GCGGCCGGCAUGCACCUGGAGAGAAACCUCCCCGCCAAGCCGUCCAAGGGCUCAGCUGGAGACACAGCAGCAUGCAGACUGAUGCUCUAACAGCAGGGAUAUAGCAGCAGAGCACCGGGCGGAUAUCGGAGCUGCAGCAUGGGCGUGGGAGAGAGGCACAGCCUAAAGGAAAGCGAUGUAAUUCCACGGACAUAAGAAGGGUGGGUGGGGGGAACCCGAGUAGCGUUGGAUCAGAGUUGUCCCGGGUGUAUUUUGGGGCUUAGUUUGGUGUCUUGUUCUCUUAAAUUCACCAAACACAGUACUUUUUUCCUGCCAACCUCCAGUGUAGUUUAAAAGGAUGGAGAAGGGCGCUCAGCAGCAGCCGCCGCAGCAGCUGUCCAAAAGCGCAGAGAGUCCGGCGGACGACAUCUCCAAAUUAAACGACGAGGAGCUGCUGAAGUGGGGCAAGGAGGAGCUGGUGCGGCGGCUGCGGAGGGCAGAGGCGGGGAAGAGGAGCGCCAUCGUGGAGCACGGCAAUCUGAUGCGGGAGGUGAACCGGAGACUCCAGCAGCACCUCAACGAAAUACGGAGUUUAAAGGACGUGAACCAGAAACUGCAGGAGGACAACCAGGAGCUGCGGGACCUGUGCUGCUUCUUGGAUGACGACCGGCAGAAGGGGAAGCGGGUGUCGCGGGAGUGGCAGCGCUUGGGCCGCUACAGUGCAGGCCUGAUGAGAAAGGAGGUGGCCAUCUACCUGCAGAAGCUGAAGGAACUGGAGCAGCGGCAGGUGGAGGUCAUCCGGGAGAACAUGGAGCUCAAGGAGGUGUGCCUCAUGCUGGAGGAGGAGAGGGCUGUGGCUGUGGCUGGAGGGGGAGGAGGUGGAGGUGUGGGCAGUCAUGGGGUUCCUGGCCGUAGGAGCUCUAUAGACAGUCAGAGCAGCUUGUCUCAGCUUGCUGGAGGUGUCCCAGCACCUGGACUACUGCGGGACGUUGGCGACGGGAGCAGCACCUCCAGUGCGGGGAGUACAGAUAGCCCAGAUAACCCACACCUCAAACCCCCUUCCCUGGGCUCCAACCACAGCCCUGGAUCAAGAUGUGUCUCUGCAGAGCACCCCCACAAACCAGGAGAUGUGUGUGAAUCCACAGGCAGGAGGCACAGCUCCACCCCAGAGUACCACACUUUCCCCCAGGCCUGUCGCCCUCGUGGGGGGUCCCUCACCAACCUGGACCCCCGUGGUCUUCGGGGACACAGCCCAGACAAACACAGCAAGUCUCCCACCAGGCAACCAUGUGACUCCCACCCCAAACCCUGCAGCUCUGACCUACUAGCCCAGAAACAGCUAUUGAUGUCAGGGCAGGCAUCAGCAGGCUGUGGGAAGGGAACAGCCAAGUCCAGCCCAGAGCUGAGUCAGAGACACCGGCCGGUUAACAUGGCAGGGGCAGGCUGUGGGAGUCCUGAGGCCAAGCCGACAGCGAUAGGGACGCCUGAGCACCUGAGAAAGGGGCGGGUGAUUGUGGGUAGUCCAGAGUCUAUACGGCACCACCAUCACUAUCAGCACAGCUCUGGGAUGGAGCACGACAAGGGGAGGUAUAGCAGUGGCUCCCCUGGCAGGGACGGGGGUCAGAGGAGGAUGGCAGGAGAGGAGAUGUCCCCCCACCACCAGAGUCUGUACAACGCUCUGAUAUCUGCUGGUUGCUGCACCAACUCCUGUAGGAGUGUAAAGCUUUGGGACAGCUUCGAUGCCUCCUGACCAUGACAUGCCUCUUGAUCAGAUGCUGCUGUGACAACACACCCCAGAGAGAGAAGCAGAGGGUUAUUAGCAGGCUGGAUGGCUGGAUGGAUGGAAGGACGAGUUGAUCGAAGGCAUAACUGGAUGGAGAAAUCAUCAUGAAAUUCAAAAUCAAGCAGUGAGGGCGAGGGAGCAGAUGAGUGAAACAAGGCUACAAAACACUGGAAAUACUUGAACACUCUGUCUGCCCUGUCUGCUGUGCUGCUGCUGCUGCUGCUGCUAUGCAUUCCCCGUGGACCACCAGAAAAGACUGAAUGUCAUUGUUUGGAUGGGCAGAGACUCAUCCCUGCAUUGCCAAAAUGAAGACAGGAAGAGAGAUAAGACAGCUGAGAAUCUUUGUGUUGCCAACAAAAUAGUCCUACCUCUUUGGAAAGACAGACCAUCUGGAUGAAAGAACCUGUGCAUGGAAGAGUAACACUGGAGGUUACAGCCCCUUCUCUUUACAAUCACAACGCCAGUGAUUAUUUUUAAACUUAAUACCCAACAUGUGAUAAUGGUAACUACUUUUACAAAGUCAAUGUGGGCCUGGAAUUAAAGCACAAAAGAAGUUACUGAGUCAUUUUAACUAAAAGUUUUUUAGUUAUAUAAAAGAUAUUUCUGUUUUUAUUACAACUUCUUCCUAUUAUUCUUUAUUUUUGUAGCCUUAAUUAUAGUAACAUUGUACUCACCAAAGUAAUAGCUGAGAUCACAGAACACGGCAGCAUCGCUACAACAAUCCAACAUGGCAAAAAUCUUCUGUUUUCAGAGGAAAUGUACAAUUUCUGCUCAAGUGCAGAAGGCCUUCUUCAAAAUAAACUUACAAAGUAGGUAAAAUACUUUGUUUUUAGGUUGAUAUCCUGAAGUUAAGACUGACAAACUGCUGUAGACUGGUGCGUAUCAUACCAAAAAGGAUGCCUCUUUGCGUCAGUGUCUAAUGCAGAGGUCCACUGACUCAGCAGCGUUGCUUGUUGCAUCUAGAACUGACAUGCUCAGUGCAUAUCAUACUGCUGCAAAAGGGGCCUCUGUGCAUCCGUCUCUGAGGCCGAAAUCAUUGACAAAGCAGCAGUUCUCAAACAUUCGUUUAGCCAGUAAGUUUAGGUAGAUUAUCAAAACCACCUUUAUUUGGACGUUACACUGAAAGUGAGGUCACCACACAUGUUAAAAGUAAUCCCUCACUGCAAAUGAAAACUUGCAUUGUACAUUUCUGCAAACCACAAAAAUGCUAACAAUUGCAAUCUAGUGACUGGGUCGAAAUAGCAGUGAGUUGCAGCCAGGUCUGACUCACCCACAGACUGUGGCUGUAAGCCUUUUACCGUUUACCGUCAAAAUCCCCUUCACUACAGGAAACAACAACAACAACCUCCAAGCUAACAACUUACAUGCUGAAAAAUACAUUUUGGACAUGCAAAUAACACAUGCCUUAUUUGUUCUUUCGGUGAAUUGUUGUAAAGCUCUACAGCCAAUAAAACAACUUGUGAACACACCUCGGAAAAUCCCAGACUCCAACUUGCAGGACUCUGGGGCCCCCAAUGUUGAUCCGUUUUCUGGCAUGGUCAUUUGGAACUCUUUAGCCACUUCUGCCAAGUCUGUCAACGGCAUGCACCAGUGACAGUGACUUCAACCGUUCCAGUUCACAUGAGCUUCUGUGAUAUUGUUGUAAUAAUGUUCUGCAAGAACCAAACACAGCCAGCAAAUCAUCUGGGGUUUUGACAAGUCCAGUGAGCUCCUCUAGAGCUGAAGUAUGAUAAGGCUUCACCUCUAGGGCAGGUCUGGCUAUGUGAGUUGCAGCCCUAACUUGAUGAGUACAUUGUUAUUAUUACUAUGACUACAAAACGCUAGGUUGUAAUGAAGACAAAUUAUACUUUAAAGACCUCCAUCAAACAAAUAUUUUGUUGAUGAAAUUACAACACAGCCAUUAAUUCAGAUUACUAGAAUUAGACACAGCAGUUACCAGCACAGAUAGCAUUUACCACCAUUUGAUGAAAAUAAGCUAACGGAGAACCAAACCAGUUCCAGUUGCCAUAUUUGGAAGUAUACAUAGCUUCUGUGAGAAAUUUUGUUCCUGUGUAGUUCUGAGGCAUUUACCCAGGGUGCAGUAACUGAAUGGGUUACAGAGAAAACAUAUAGGGAUAUGUGGGGGAAAAAUUUAAAUAUGUUGUUGUUUAGAGGAGGAGAAAAGGUUUGCUCAUCUUCUGCUCCUCGUUCAGCUUUUGUGUCAAGGUCUGUUCCUAUACCGACAGUGUUAGAGUAUUCUAAACCUUGUGUCAGCGUUCAGUCAUAUAUAUGGUGCUGUGUGUGUGUGCUUGUCAUUUUCUACACUCCUGAGUAUUUAGACAUGGACAACAUGCCUUGUGCCUCAUUUCAUCACAGCAUGUUAAAGGUGGAGUCAGCAAUUAUGGAGAAAGCUUGUUGAUAUUUAAAUUUAACACCCAAUCAAAUACACCUCUGAUGUUAUUAAGGUGUCAUUACUGUCAAGGUGUAGCUCUGUUCCUCAUGGUCGAGGAGGAGGGAUGUAGAAGAGGAAGAACAGCCAACAUAGUGUUGUGUGGCUCAUUACAAGCCACUCUAUUUGCAUUCACAGAGCCAGGGCUGUGCACUGUAUGUCUUAGCACACACACAAAACUGACAGCUAGCCAACCAUGAGGAGGUAUUCACUGAAUUUAACAAAAAGUGUAUUGGAUUAGAAUCGCUGACUGCACCUUUAAUGAGAGAUGAUGUAGUUGCAAGAAGACAAAGACAGACCAGGAAAGGAUUUUUUGGCUGUACAGUGGAUAUUCAGCAACACUAAAAUGAAAAUGUAUUAAAUCAUACAGUUGUACAUUAACGUACAGUAAAGACUAGUUCUGUUUUGAAAGUUUAUCGAGGCAGCACAAACAUUAAUUUAGAGGAUAUUAUAACUAAGAGGAAAGUAUCUUUUUUUUUCUUUUUUUUGUGUUGAAAUUGCUCUUAUUUUCUAAGAAUUAGUCUUCAUAAUUUUAAACAAGACAUGAAUAGAGUCAGGUAGAAGCAUUAAAAAAGUCAGAAUUAGUUUUUUGUCGUUCAAGUCCCAUUAAAGUCAGAAAAAAAAAUACUGCCAUGAGAAGCAACAUGAAAAAAAAACUGUGGGCAGUGUUAGCCAGAACCUAAGUCCAUCUCCUACAUAUGCAGUAUUGUCUCUCACAUAUGCGAUAUUAUGUCCUACAUAUGGGAUGUUGUCUCCUACAUGUGAGAUGUUAGAAACAUAACUUAUUGUCAACAAUGCCCACAAAAACAAAAAACUUCAUCUUGCUCUUCAUCUUGUUAUCUGUGGUUAUAAGCCUCAUAGAUAUUGGUCAGUAGGUUCAGAGGGCUGAUACAUAGCUGUUACCAAGUCAUUAUGUUUCACUUUCCGUAGGUUUAGGCACAAAAAACCGACAUGGUUAUGUUUAGACAGAAUCAUAGUUGGGCCUCAAUAUUGGACCCCUGUUUCCAGGGUGAAAUCCACCACCCCUCCAUACCACCCUAUACGCAGACUUUCUCAGACAUGGGAGAAAGUCCUAUGCAAGUAUUAUUUUGGGAAAAGUCUUUCUGGAGCAGGGGUGAUUGCUCUGAGAUAACAAGGGAGGCUGAACAUCCCCUAAAAUUUUAUAGAAGAAAUGGUCAAAUAUGCACUAUUGAAUUUACAUUAAAAUAAGAAUUUACAUUGCAUUAAACAUGUGCUAGGAUGUUUUAACAUCAUGAAUAUGAUGUUUAAACAUUUUCAAAAGCGACCUCCCUGUCAUACAUCCUUGUGUCAGCACGGUGGACGUGG